GAAUAGAUCAAACCCAUAGAAAAGAGAUUAAACCAAUUUCAUUACAGAACAAACCACUUUUACUUAAAGACAUAUUUAUCAUAGCUCGUUGGGCAUCCAUACAUUCUUAAACCGUGAUCAUAACAUACUAGUGUCAAUUUUGUGAAUUUAUUAUUAAUUAUUUUAGUUGUUCUAUAAAACGAUAACUAUAAUGUCUGUUGUUUUCAUUGAUUCUCAUUUUAUAUUAUGUAUUUCCAGAUUUAAUUAAUCAUUUUUUAAUUUUAGUAAAAUGGAAAGUGAAUUAGAAAAUCUUCUUAACGUUAGUGUUAAAAAAUUGAACAAAUCAGUUUAUGGAGGUUGUAUUAAUAGCGGUUCAGUGUAUCAAACCGAAAACAAUAAAAUACUAUUUGUUAAAGAAAACUCGAAACCUGGGUCUGACAAAAUGUUCCAUGGUGAAUUUGAAGGCUUAAAAGCAAUUUCCAAUACAAAUACUGUCCAAGUCCCUAAUCCUAUUGCCACAAGUUGCACAAGUAGUGGUCAACAAUUUAUUGUUAUGGAAUAUUUGAAUAUGACUUCAUUAGAUGCAAAAUGUUCAUCAAAAUUAGGCAGUCAACUAGCAGAUAUGCACUUGUUCAAUUUGCAAGAACGAUCAAGUAUAAAUCAAUUUGGAUUCCAUGUUGAGACUUGUUGUGGAUUUAUACCUCAAAAAAAUACAUGGACUGAUGAUUGGAUUACUUUUUUUGUAGAAAAUCGACUAGAAUAUCAGAUACAAUUGCUACAAUCAAGUUCAGAAUACAGUUUAAAUAAUAAGAAUGUUAUAGAAAGUCACUGGACUCGGUUAAAAAAAGUAAUUCCAAAAUUUUUUCAUGGGAUUGAGGUGAAACCUUCUUUAGUUCAUGGAGACCUAUGGUCAGGAAAUGUUGCUCAAUCAAAUUUAAAACCUGUUAUUUUUGAUCCAGCUAUUUUUUAUGGACAUCAUGAAUAUGAUAUUGCUUCUACUAUGUUAUUUGGUGGUUAUUCUAAAGAUUUUUAUGAUGCAUACUUUAAAAAAAUACCAAAAGCUAAUGGGUUUGAUAAUAGAAUGCUAUUAUAUAAUUUAUUUCAUUAUUUAAAUCAUUGGAAUCAUUUUGGCUCUGGAUAUAUUAACUCAACCAUGAACACUUUUGAAAAAUUGUUACGUAUCAUUAAAUGAAGUUUAAAUAUUAAUUAGUUUGAAAAAACAUCCAUAUAAAGGAGAUAAAAAAUUGGAUAGAAUAUUAAACAAAAAUAUCCGAACAACAUUUAUAAUCAAUAUUUCUUUGUCAAUAUAAGAUUCAAUUAAUCCAAUGCAGUAAAAUCUAUUGAGUUUGAAUUUUAAACAUCUUACACCCACUAUUUUAGUCCUGGCAAAAAAAAAUUGAAUGAUGAUUUUGGCUUAUCUUGACAAGACCUAGUAUUAUUAACAAAUAUAAAACUUCCCUGUUUAAUGUUUCAGAAUUAUUGCUUAUGGAUAUUUGCUAACCAUACUUUGUUUAUUAUAUUUGAUUGAAAUAGUUUAAAUAAUAUUAUUGCAAUAAAAUUAAUCAUUACUCCAACUU